AUGCUGGUUUCAUUACAACAGGAUCUUUUAUUACAUUUGGUUAUUUUUAUUAGGAAUUCAUAUAAAAUCAGACAAAGAACGAAAGAAGCUAUUAAAAAAGGUGAAGUAGAACGUAUUAUCAGUACUGAAGGUUUAACUAGUCAAGAAUGUCUUCAAUCAAUUAUAAUACAAAUCGAAAAUAAUUAUAUAACAUCUACUAUUUAUAAUCAAGUUUUAUCUUAUUUAAGUACUAUUGAUCAACGUCAACAACAUGUUAAUCGAUCUAUUGAACAACCUCAAAUUCUUAAUCUUCUAUCUAAUGAAUCAAUUCUAUCAUCUAAAUUUAGUUUAUUAACAGUACCAUUAUGGAAUGUCUCAAUGGAAGAUAAACUAAAAUUAUGUUCAAUACGCUUAUCAAAUCUAUGUCAACGUCUAAUUACAAUAAUACCUUGA